AUGGAGGAUGCAAGCGCUCCAAUUGGAAAGAAGACUGUGCCAGCCAAGAAGAAGCCAGUUACUAAGAAGAAGGCUGUUUCAACACAACCGGCUGACAUAGCGGAACAGGAAGAUUCAGAAACUAGCGGGGAAGAACAACCAGCCCCCCACCAACUGUCCACUAGAAUCAAUGCAACCCCCAGCAUUCAAUGUGCAGCUGGCGAUCUAUGCCAGUUGCCUCAUCUUCCAGUUGAUCCUCAGCAUCACUGUAGGACAUGUGAUAUUCCUAUGCACAAUCCUGAUUUUUGUGGAAAGGCAUGCGAUUCAGAUGACCCUAGGAACCAUCUGAAAUACCCAGGUAUUUGUCACCAGUGUUUGAAUAGUAAGCUGGCAGCAAGGCCUGAACACAAAAGUCAAUCCAAUGCCAUCACCAAGAAAAAGAAAGCCGCAGCUAAGCAAUUGCCUGCCGUUGCAAAGAAAGCUACAGGUAGUGCAAAUUGUGGGAUUUUGACAGCCGCUAGCCAGAAGACACCAUCAAAGGCAAAUAACACAGCUGUGACUUUGGCAGCUAACAAGAAGAAGACAUCAUCCGAGAAAGCAAAAAAAACAGCUGCUUGCAAGAAGGCUCCACCCACGACAAAUGCCACAGUGGCAAAAACCAUAGCUAGCAAGAAGACAUUAUCCAAGAUAAAAGUUGUCAAGAUGAAGGAAGCGGCACCCAUCAUCCCAAACUGUACACCACUUGCCUUUCGGAUUGAGGAACAUGAGAACUGGAUAAAAGAGUUGCCUGAGAUUCCCCGGUCCUACCUGAAACAAGUCAAUGGUAGGCUCUACCUUUUUGGAAAUGUGAUCCAGUGCACAAACCGGAAAGAGGGCAAGUAUAAAAUUGAGUUCUCACAUACCAACAUUGCUCAGACAGAAAUGCAAGCAUAUGCUUUGUACAAAGCAAUGGAUCUGCGGAAGUUGUUACAAGAAGGUCCUGCUGGUGCACAACAAACUAAUGUGUUCCCCCUCUCUUCUUCUCUAGAGCAAGCUCUCAACACACCAUUAAAGAGUCAGGAAAACCAGGGCGAAUCUAUUCUCAGUGACUGUGAGUGUGACACUGACGAGGAAGAAGAAGGAGAAGAACAAGAAGUGAGGACCAGAGAUUACAUUUCUACAGACCUGCAGCUCAAUCUCAACUUCCCCUCACUCCGGCAAUAUGAACCAUCCAACACAGAAUGGAUGUCAGGAAUCAAGUGGGACGUAGGCCUCAAUGGGGAGGUUACCACUGACGUACCCUCUCCAACAAACCUUGCAUCCAACAAGAAGUCCUACAUUCCCGGGAAAUUCAAAGCCCACUUCUCUUCUCCCCUUUCUUCUUUCCUUGCUUUUUUCCCAAUUGAGUUUUGGAGGCUAGUGGUAAAGAGGACCAAUGAGUAUGCCCUAUGGGAAAAGGAAUUUGGCGAGAGGAAGCUCUAUGAAAAAUGGCAGCCAACGGACCUACCAGAAAGUCCUACAUGCCUCUUGGCCGAUUCAAGCUGCUAA